CUUUUCUUGCGUUUCUCACCGCGUGCACCUAACAAAAAUUACCAUCUACCCGCCAUGUCUCGUCAGACUCCGUUAAAAAAAUCGAGCAAAACUCGGUCGUCGCGCGCCGGCCUCCACUUCCCAGUGGGCAGGAUCCACAAGAUCCUCCGCAAAGGAAACUUCGCGCCGCGCAUCGGAGGCGGAGCGCCGGUGUUCCUGGCGGCGGUGCUGGAGUACCUCGCGGCGGAGCUGCUCGAGCUGGCGGCGGACGCGGCGCGGGACAGCCACAAGAGCAGGCUCGUGCCCAGACACGUGCUGCUGGCAGUCAGAGGCGACGAGGAGCUCAGCCGCGCGCUGGCCGGCGUCACUGUCGCGCAGGGCGGCGUGCUGCCCGCCGUACACUCCCAGCUGCUGCCCAAGGCCGCCGCCAAACAGACGCACUGACGCUGUGCUGUCCACGAUAAUCAUUUAGUUCGCUUAUUUUGUGAUGAUGACCUAAUCAUGGUCUGAUUGACAAAGUCCUUUUCAGGACUGCAGAU